CUCAAUAAUCCCUUUCUUGUUUCUAUAUAAAGCUACUGCGUCUAGAUCUAAACAGAUCACAAAACCAAAACACAAGCUAGAUUAACAACCAACUAUAAUAAUCAUGACGUGUCACAAAAUCUUCCUUGUAAUCUCUGUGAUGCUCGCUGUCUCAUCAUUGGUCAACGCAGUUGACUUCUUGGUCGUCGACAACACAGGCGACUCCCCUGGCGGAAGAAAAUUUCGUGAAGAGAUCGGUGGCGAAAGCUACGGCACACAGUCACUAAGAUCUGCGACGGACUUUGUCUGGGGUUUGUUCCAGCAAACCAACAACCCCUCGGACAGAAGAGACGUAACAAAGAUCACUCUGUUCAUGGACAACGGGAACGGCGUUGCGUACAACACCAACUCGGGAAGCGAGAUACACUUUAACGCGGGGUAUCUCGCGGGUUUCCCGGGAGAUGUAAAGAGGGAAUUCACCGGUGUGAUUUAUCACGAGGUGGUUCAUUCUUGGCAAUGGAACGGUCCAGGUGGCCUUAUCGAAGGUAUAGCGGACUAUGUGAGGCUGAAAGCGGGUUAUGCACCGGGUCACUGGGUAGGGCCCGGUGGUGGUGAUAGGUGGGACCAGGGCUAUGACGUCACUGCGAGGUUCUUAGACUAUUGUAACGAUCUGAGGAAUGGGUUUGUGGCGGAGCUUAAUAAGAAGAUGAGGAAUGGCUAUAGUGACAGCUUCUUUGUUGAUCUGCUAGGGAAAGACGUGGACCAACUCUGGAGAGAGUAUAAGGCCAAGUAUGGUCAGUAAAUUGUUAAACGUACAAAUUAUAAAUGAUAAUCGUAUUAGUGACAUGCCAUUCAAAAUAAAAGUGAGAUGUUUAAAAAACAUCAGCAUGUGUAGUAAUUUGUAUUCUAUUAUGAAUUUGUAAGCUCGAAUAAGAAAACAGAUAUAUAUAUAUAUAUAUAUAUAUAUAUAUACUAUUGUGUAUUAGUACUCUUUUAGAGUUAUUGUCAAAAGUAUAACUUAUAAGUAAAUAAAUCGUGUUAAAAUC